AUGACAAAAGCUGCAGCUCAGUGCUUACCCAGGGCCACCACCAGGAGGCUCCACUGUGCUCUGAACAGUGUCUCUGUGAUUCAGUCACAUAAAGAACUGUGUUGGGAGGGUAAUCUCAGAACACUGUUUUUUUUUGUUUGUUUGUUUGUUUCUGAGAUAAAAGCCAGAACUCAAAGGCAGAGUUUAUUUCUCAGAAUUGUCACAUUUUUCUCAGAUUACAAAUUUCCUGCCAGCAAGGAACGUCCAGGAAACACAGCACAGCUGGACUCCUCAGCCCCCCCUACAGAACACAGCUGGACUCCUCAGCCCCCCCAACAGAACACAGCACAGCUGGACUCCUCAGCCCCCCCUACAGAACACAGCUGGACUCCUCAGCCCCCCCACAGAACACAGCUGGACUCCUCAGCCCCCCCUACAGAACACAGCACAGCUGGACUCCUCAGCUCCCCCUACAGAACACAGCUGGACUCCUCAGCCCCCCUACAGAACACAGCUGGACUCCUCAGCCCCCCUACAGAACACAGCUGGACUCCUCAGACCCCCCACAGAACACAGCUGGACUCCUCAGCCCCCCUACAGAACACAGCUGGACUCCUCAGCCCCCCUACAGAACACAGCUGGACUCCUCAGCCCCCCCCUACAGAACACAGCACAGCUGGACUCCUCAGCCCCCCCACAGAACACAGCACAGCUGGACUCCUCAGCCCCCCCACAGAACACAGCUGGACUCCCCCCCCCCCCCCCACAGAACACAGCACAGCCAAUGAAACGACUGAAACCCGUCCCAUCAGGCCAGCCUCCACUCAGCAGGCCUACCUGUCUGUCUGUCUGUCUGUCUGUCUGUCUGUCUGUCUGCUGCUUCACACUGAAACAGUUGAAUUCAUUAUAAAGAGUUCAGCACUGUUCCAGGGUGCUAAUCUCUUUGGCUAGCCUGGUGUUAGCCUGGUGUUAGCCUGGUGUU